AUGGAUGCUGGGUUAUCUGCAAUUUCACGAAAGGUAGGAGUGCCUACUAAAAAAUAUAAUACUAUGCAAGAUAAAAUGAAUAUAAGGAGAAAUUUAAUAGAUGAUGGCACCUAUUUACCGAAUGUCACAAUGAACAAUGGGAAUGUCAAUUCCCAAUACAAUCCUCAACCAAACAAUAUGAUGCAAAUGCAAUCACAACAACAAGGACCUUCAUGUAACAAUAGACCGAACUAUAAUUAUUCCGAUCAAAAUAACUUCAAUAAUCCACAAUAUGACCCUUCCAAAAAUUAUAAGAUGGCACCAAAUAUGUAUAAUCGACCAUACAAUUCAAUGUCGAGUAACAAUGUUCAACAGCCAAAAUCAUUUUCGAAUAAUAGUUCUGUCACUAGCUUUAUUAAGAAAACAGGGUCUACUUUAUCAUUUCCAAGAAUGAAGAAAAAAGACAAACAUGACGGUUUUGAUGAUGAUGAGGAAGAAGGUGUGGAUUUUGAUUUUGAUAUUAAUAUAUCAAAUCCAAAAGAAUACUCCUUUAAAGAUAUCCCUGGAAAUAUUCAUAAGAAAGAUAUAUUCAAUCAUGACUUCUCGAUGAAUCCAGUAAUUCCAACACAAUAUACCAAUGAUAAAGGUAGAAUGAGUAAUUCUCAAUAUAGGAAGUAUAAAAUGAGUCAGCAGAAAAAAAACUUACAAAGUCAGCAUGCGAUUAACAAUCAAACAAUUCGAUACCAAAAUGUGCAGCAUACUCAGAAAAAUUAUCCAAAUACAUAUAUGAAAAGUCAUUCAUUAACGAACGUAGGAUCAAAUUAUCCAAAUCAACCUAAUAAUAAAAAUAUGGUGUAUCAGCAACAGCAAUAUGGAAAUAAUCAAUCUAACUCAAUGUCUUUAAACAGCUUAUAUAGAAAUAAUAUUCAAUCACAACGAAAUUGGAAUCAACAGUCGGCUGGUAUCCCAAGUGGAAACAAUCAACUUACCUCAUCUCCAACAAUACCAUCCAUAGUUAUUUCUGAGAAUAGAGAAACUAUCAAAUCUACAGAUUUUCAAUCCAAUUCAUCUUAUAGUUCAAAAAAUAGCGAAAAAAGUACGACACCUAACACAUCUGCCGAAUCAUUGAACUACAAUUUAAAUAAUACCUAUUCUAAUAAGCUUGUAAUGGAUCAGAAAAAUUCCCCUCUAAGGAAUGAGGUAUCUAGCACCAGUAACGGAAUUACGACGAUAGAAUCCGAGCAGCGAUUGACAACUUUAACCGCACAACUGAAAUACAAAACAGAUUUAUUAGAAUCACAAGAAAACUUGUUCAAAGAAAAGGAAACUGACUAUACUAAUCGGAUUAAGGUCAAAGAUGACAAGAUUAACUCCUUAAUCAGUUCCAGAGAAGAAGAAAUUGAGUUUGAGGUUAAACAGAAAGAAUUGGAAUAUGAAUCAAAAUAUAAUGAACAAAGAGCGGCAUUCGAACAAAUUAUUAGUAAGAAAGAUAAAACUAUUGAGCAGCUUACUGAAUAUAUAGCUUCAUUAAAUAUUGCUAAGGAAAUAUCACAAGAGAGAGGGGUGUAUCAAAAUAAUGAAACUAUUCUAAAAACAGUCAAUGAUAAUAUAACUAAUGAUAUCAAAAAGAAUAAUGAUGUUUAUGCAAAUUCUUCCGAGAACACAAAAGUUGAUCCAAUCUCUUGUUCAUCAAGCGUAAAUGACCAAUCAAUAGAUAAUCGAUUGAGUGACAAAGGAAGAAAAAUCAGUAACAACAAUUUAAAUAUGGAUUACCUAAAAACAUUGCAAGCUAUUAAUGAAAAAAUUAAAAACAGGGACACAACUGAUAUUGAUGCCAUUGUAACUCAUGGAAACACGCAUGUCAACAGGCUACUGAAGGACAAUCAAGCAUUGACAGAAGAAUUAACUCUGAUUUCUGAAGAAUUAGUGAAUUCCAUUAGCAGAGAGAUUUCACUUGACAAGACACUGAAAGAGCUAAAAGAAGCUCAUAGAAACAACGAACACAGCAUAUAUAUAUUGAAACAAGAAUUAGAAACAGAAAUAAGAAAGAAAUCCAAAACAAUAAUUGAGUUGAUUAAAAAAUUAAAUGAUGAAAGAGUGAAGAGGUUUAUUGCAGAUGAACGUCUGAUAACGAACUAA